GAUUACACUUCCGGUUCCGGGUUAUUUCCUGAAAGAGAGGAAAAUGGCAACAUUUUAGUUAUUACUGCUAACCAGCUUCACAUUAUAUUUUAGCAAUGGGUAAUUUAUUCGGCAAAUCGAAACCAAAGCCAUCACGAGUAACAGAACAAGACAGAGCUGUUCUUCAACUGAAACAACAGCGAGACAAACUGAGACAAUACCAGAAGAAGAUUAAUGCAAACUUAGAGAGGGAGAGGAACGUAGCCAGACAACUACUGAGAGAUGGAAAGAAAGACAAAGCAUUACUACUCUUGAGGAAAAAGAAAUUCCAGGAAGGGCUCCUAGUAAAGACGGAUGGUCAGCUAGAUAACAUAGAGAGAAUGGUUCAUGAUCUGGAGUUUGCUCAGAUUGAAACUGAAGUUGUAAAAGGACUCAAAGUUGGUAAUGAAUCACUGAAGAAGAUGCACGAGCUGCUGUCGCUGGAGGAUGUGGAGAAGAUCAUGGAAGAGACCAGGGAGGGAGUGGAGUAUCAGCAGGAAAUUGAUGACCUGCUGGCAGGAGGACUCACAGACCAGGAUGAACAGGACGUGCUGACUGAACUCAGUCAGAUAGUACAGGAAUCAACGCCAGAACAAGAUCUGGAACUACCGGAAGUGCCUGAUGAAGAUGUCGGAGAGAGAGAAAGAAGGAAGGAACAGAAGAAACAAAGGGAACCAGAAGCUCUGGCAGCAUCCUGAUCCAUCCAGUCUGCACUGGCCCAAUCAGGUUCAAACUGGUUCUGUCCAGCUUCAAGUGGAUGUGUGCAGUGCAUGAACUGAAUAAGACUGAUGCUCAAACUAUGUCUGCUGUCCUGGAUCAACUCGAAUGAUGGAUGAUAAUCAUGAUAAUGAAAUGCAGAUGCUUUUGAUUAAUUAAAAAACUCUGUGUAAAAUCUUUCUGGAUAAUGCAUGAUUGCAAAUGACUUUAAGUAUUCAGACAUAUAUACAAUUAUCUGCAUCACUGGUUGCCAGACUGAUGAUGGUCCUAGUGUCUGUGUUCUACAGCAUUUCGUCAGGGUAUUUCAGGGUAUUUCACAUUUCAGACUAUCUGUUUCACCUGGCAAAUACUUUUGUGUAUUUUAUGAACUUAUUUCUUUUACCUUCUUUCACUGAAUGUUUCACAUAUGGCAGGAGAAACAAAACAAGAAAUAUAAGUCCCAAAGUUUUAGAAUGUGGGAAAACUUUUAAGUCUUUCAAAGUGUUCAUAUUAUUUGGAAAUUGGACUUCUCCGAAUUUGAAAUACAAUUGAAGAUUUCUUCCUUGUAACUAUGCUCAAUUAAUGGUAAGACUAAACUGUGACAGAAAUGCUGAUUUAGGUUUUCAGUUCGUGUUUCUAUUAUUAAGUGUGAACCAAUCCAUGACACAUGCUGACUUACGUAUUACGGUUAUAACGAACACGCUUAUAACAAACUUACGGAUAUAACGAACUUACUGAUUUGGUCCCUACUAUUUGCUGUAGUUCUGCUGUAUAUGCUUAUAACGAACUGCGGUUAUAACGAACUAAAAUUAGUAGUCCCUUUGAGUUCGUUAAAACUGUACUUUACUGUACUUAACAAGAGAAGUGCACACACUUUAAAAUUAUUCCAGUGUGUUCCACAUUGUUUCUACCCAGUAAUUGGGUAUAAGAUUAUUAUUUUUCACACCAUACCUGGGCUCAAUGGUUUCUAUAAAGUGGUAAAUAUCUAGGUCAGUGACAUUACAGAAAAACUGUUCAAUGUUGCUUUAAACUAUCCUCACUCACUCUGACUGCAGCUGUCUCCUAGCAACUAACAGUAUCCAGGUAAGGGGUCGGCUAACAGGAUCGGGUGGUCAGGCUCGCUGACUUGGAUUUGCAUGUUAUCAAUCCCAAAUGCUUGGAUUGAUGCUCAUGAUGUCAAUCACUGUCUGGUCCAGACUCAAUCAUUUGCAGACCGCCGUCAUAUAGAUGGAAUAUUGCUGAGUAGGGCGUUGAACAACGAACAAACAAACAAAAGGUAAGGGGUCAACAUGAACACAUUCCUGGUAGUUUAAAUCAGGUUGUUCAUGUACAUUUCCUGAUGAAUAGGUUUCCGUGUGGUUUGGUUAGUUUGUGUAUUGAAUUGUUAGGUUGAAAAAAUGCUAUCGUGGACAGAAUCAUAUUAUUAUCCUUCAAGCCUAUUGUCUGACACACCAUGCAUGUCAUAUUUGCAUAUUACAUGUAUUCAUAAUGUUCUUGGAAUUAUAGCGAUUGGUGAAUUUGUUCGGAUGUUAUUGUCAUGAUAACACGUAUGGUAUGUAUGGUACAUGCAUUGAUUAAUGAUGGGGGCAUGGGUGGCCCAGUCAUCUAAGACACCACAAUUCGCUGUGCAGAGUUGCGUCCCUUGGGUAUGCCAGAAACCUAUGAUUGUGGGUUCGAAUCCCGGUUGUCCCGAUUAUGUUUCUAGGUU